CCACGAUCAGUAAUAUACCGUACAUAAGCCAUGGCUGGAUGACAGACACAAUGAUGACGGCUUCUAACAAGACUCAUCAGCUCAUCCUGCAGUGUUUUCCAAAGGUUAUUGGCGCACCCACUGUCUACUAUAACCCUUCCGGAGCAGCCGUCUUUGUCAGAAGUUCGCCUUUGUGGAGAGUCUGGAUGUGUCUCUUGUCAACUAAUUUGGGAUGGUGUAUCCCGUAUGUUUCCUGGAUUUGGCUCAUGGAACGACACGACGGCCUUUGGCUUUACUCUUCACGAGAACAGCGCUCAGUGGCUGAGGAUUGGCAUUGCGCGUAUAGCCAGCGAUGUCGUUCGUGGCGUUCCCCGAGAAUGGUUUGACUUUUACUGGCUGCCUGCUAAUGCUCGGUUACCUUCUUGCGUAGUGGAACUCAACAACCCGCUAGCACUACCGCAUGUUCCUCAAGGAGGUAGGCAAGUUCGCACGUUACCAAGUACUAUCGCCGAAACAAACAAGAGCGACCUUGUGAGUAGAGCAUCACCAACUAUAAACAUUGACCAGAUACGGUUGUGGAUGUCCUUAUGUGAAUCCAGUCACAACACAUGCAAACCUCCUGAUAAUCAGCAAAGAGUCCCCACGCGCUUGAUCGAUAUAAAUCUGGGCGAGAACACGUUAGACGUUGCCUUGCGAGACAUAAUUACCGUGCCAAAGCCAUAUAUAGCUCUGAGUUACUGCUGGGGUAGCUCUCUUCCACUGCGGACCCUCCGUUGCAACUUGGAAAGCCACAAGAAGGGGAUUGCCUGGAGUGCCUUGCCAGUCUUAUUCCAAGAUGUGGUACAGAUUGCACGCCUUCUUCAAGUGCAAUACGUAUGGAUCGAUGCACUUUGUAUCAUCCAAGACAAUAUGGCGGAUUGGACGAUAGAAGGGCCUAACAUGGCAAAUUAUUACGGCAACGCAUUGUUGACUGUUGCAGCCGAUACCGUACCUGAUACGACUGCCACGUGUUUUCCCAGAUCUACCAGCCAGCCUAUAGUUCUCAGCAUAGCAGAUGGCUCAACAAAAGUUAAGGUUACAAAGAUUCCUGUCCAUGUCAGCAUGAAGAGCAUACGAUUCGAAAAGAACCCGCCGUUGUCUAUGCCCCUAUUCUCCCGUGCAUGGGCAUUCCAAGAGAGGCUGAUGCCAGUGAGAAUACUGCAUCUUGGACCAGAAGAGCUUGUUUGGGAGUGCUCCUCCGAGCUGUGGUGCGAAUGCGGUAUGCCUCCUGACAUAUGGAAUGGCAGACCGGAAAAAUCCAUCCAACCAUUUCGUGUUUCGCACUACCAUGCCUUGGCCAACGGCACUGAUCUUGGAGUAUACUGGCACGAUCUCAUUGAGAUGUACCUCAUUCGUCACUUGACCUUUGGCACCGAUAAACUGAACGCAAUCAUGGGGCUGGCGAAGCAGAUCAACAACAGCCAGAAUAAGAACUCUCCGCUACUAGGCAAUUAUAUCUUGGGACUCUGGUCGUCAACGUUGGAGAAUUCUCUGCUGUGGUCUAAACGUGAUAGGGGACAUUCUCGUAAUAGUCACUUUCCAAGCUGGUCUUGGGCGUCGAUUGAAGGAACAUGGUUAUACGAGAGGCUAUCCCCGUUAUCUGGAUUCGUCUCGAAAGCUACAAUUCUCAGGACCCCGCCGGAGUCAUGGACUAUCGACCCAACCAGAGCAGCUCGCAACUAUGGAUUGGUUAUUUCGGGCUACGCUGUAGAUGCUGUUCUCGUCGCUUCUAAUCUCCUCGCUGGGCAAAACCAAGUCCAAUGGACGCUACGCACUGGUUUUGAAUGUGACAACGAUAUGGAACUUAUCGUCAGCCUUGAUAUUGACUUGUAUCACAGAAGAGGAGACCAAGCCGCAGAAGUGACCUGUCUACAGCUAGGUUUCUCGGAAAUUCGCUUAAAGCAGAGGUCUUGGGGUCUGGUGUUACGGGCGAAAACGGAUGAUAAUAUAGAAUUUGAACGAAUUGGUAUAAUGACUGCCUCUGAGAAUUGGUAUAAUGCUACUUCUAAGAGGAGGGGUAUUAAAAUUCUUUAAGUUAUAUUUAUAAGAUAAUAACCCUAUGCCUUUAUUUUCAUAACUCACUUUAGGUGUUAAAACCUACUCUUAGAAAUUUUAUAGUAAAGGCUUUAGGCCAAAAAGGAAACAGAGACUUCUUAAAAGCCAUAUAGUAUCUUGUAAUAUAAUGGUAGCCAUCUCGGUGUUGAACGGAAUGUCAUUUAAUGAGAUGGAGGUCAUAUGCCAUACAAUGCCAAUCUCAAUGGGCUUCUUCACCUUCUGCCUUCGAAUUCACGUCUGCCAAUCGCAGUUCAACGAAUGGCGACGUCUUGGAGAAGUAUCGCUUCGUGCCCUGAAGUUGCCAGAACCAACACGCUGCACCAAACAAGUCCAUGUCCGCCACGUAUGAUCUAAGACCAGUCUCUUCUUCGUUGUUAUCUUUAUAACUGGCUUCGAUCUCAAUCUGAAUGCGCUUCACCUCUU